UCCCCAAAAUUCUCAUCUAGUCACCGGCCAUUCGGUUGUGUCCAUUGGCUGUCAGUCACUUCCAGUCCUAGCCAACUCCUCCGAUGCUCCAAUCAUCAACACUCUCUACCUGUGUCCGUGUGCUCUGCUACUCUGCACCACCAACCAACCAGUGCUGCCCUCCGCCGAUCCACUGACCUACCGCGAGCGCCAAUGGCGACCGCCGCGGUCCUGGCCGCCACAUUAGCGCUGUUCCUCCGCGCCGCCGCCGCAACGGCCGCGACGGCUGCGGCGGAGGCGGACCGGAUCGGCAGGCUGCCUGGCCAGCCGCCGGUCAACUUCUCCAUGUACUCCGGCUACGUCACCGUGGACGCGGCGGCGGGGCGGGCCCUCUUCUACUGGUUCAUCGAGGCGGCCGGCGUGCCCGCGGAGUCCGCGCCGCUCGUGCUGUGGCUCAACGGCGGGCCCGGGUGCUCCUCCGUCGGCUACGGCGCGUCAGAGGAGCUCGGCGCCUUCCGGAUCAACGCCGACGGCAGGACGCUCUACUUGAACCCCUACCCCUGGAAUAAAGUGGCGAACAUGCUGUUCUUGGACUCGCCGGCCGGCGUCGGCUACUCAUACUCCAACUCCACCUCCGAUCUGUACACUGCUGGUGACAACAAGACAGCCCAUGACUCGUACAAUUUCUUGGUGAACUGGCUGGAGCGGUUCCCACAAUACAAGCAUCGCGAUUUCUACAUCACAGGAGAGAGCUACGCAGGCCACUACGUGCCUCAGUUGUCUCAGCUAGUCUACCGGAACAACAAAGGCAUCGAGAAGCCGAUCCUAAACUUCAAAGGCUUCAUGGUUGGAAAUGCGGUAAUUGACGAUUACCACGACUUCAUCGGCACAUUCGAGUACUUGUGGACGCACGGGCUGAUCUCUGACGAAACCUACGAGAAGCUGCGGCUUGCCUGCCAGUUCGACGUAUCUGAGCAUGCGUCCAAGGAGUGCAACAAGGUCUUCGACAUCGCCGAGGCCGAGGAAGGCAAUAUCGAUGCGUACAGCAUCUACACGCCGACUUGCAAGAAGACUUCACUCCACAAGCGCAGGCUAAUCAGAGGAAGAACGGUAUUACGCCCUGGUUGCCCAGAGGGUACGAUCCCUGCACGGAGAAGUACUCCACGAAGUACUACAACUUACCUGAGGUGCAGAGAGCUCUGCAUGCCAAUGUCACCGGAAUACCGUAUCCCUGGUGACCCAGUGUAUGAUUUUUGGAAAGAUUCACCGAGGUCCAUGCUUCCUAUCUACCGUGAACUCAUCGCCGCGGGCAUAAGGAUAUGGGUUUUCAGUGGCGACGCUGAUUCCGUUGUCCCGCUCACCGCGACAAGGUACUCCAUUGACGCCCUCUUUCUACCGACUAUCACGAACUGGUAUCCUUGGUACGACGACGAAGAGGUCGGUGGGUGGUGCCAGGUGUACGAGGGGCUGACACUGGUGACGGUCCGAGGCGCAGGGCACGAGGUUCCCCUGCACCGGCCGCGGCAGGGCCUGAAGCUGUUCGAGCACUUCCUGCGGGGUGAGCCCAUGCCCAGGCCUGUAGAUAGCGUCCAGUCGUUUUAGAACUGGUUGCUGUCUCCCCGCUUGGUGAAGGAGGAGACCUGGCUGCGCUGCGCAUUCUUGUUGCUGUAAACUCAUCCGUUGCCACAUUUUACUGGCCAACGUGGUUUGCUUGUUCAAUAAUCAACAUUAGGCCAGCCGUCACACUCCGCUGUUAGGAUAGACUUUGCUGAAAAUCAGAACGUAAUGUUGCUCGUUUCAGUGAGCAGAUUGGGUAUUUAGCAAUGUCUCGUUUUGACAGUAAACCAUGCUUCAGUUUUUGUGAUUUUUUUUUUCCGGUAGAAGGACGUUUUUUUUUGUUUC